UUGGUCCUGUUGAAAAAGGGAUUGCCAUCAUUUCAGUUGCAUUGUUGAGAAAAUGGGGUAUAAUUACGUCAGAGUUUGUUUCAACUGUAGAAAAGUCUCAACGAUGUAGAAUGUUCUCUCGAAUCCUGGCGCUUGGAUGGCAGAGACAGCACAUGCACGCAACAGGUGCCUAGGGAUGAGCGGAAUUAAGAUUGGCCUGGGUCCGCCGUGUCCUCACAGGCGGGAGUACAAUGCGGCUAAAGUCAGGAUUGAUCAGGCACUCGAGACUCUCAAGCGAGAACUGAAGAGCAUGAGAGACCAAGAUGUAGCCCUACUGAAGCACCUCAUCACAAUCAGCGAAACGAUCCGGAAACUGGCCAGGGGGCGUUCUAACAUUCGGACAAAUCAGCGCACGAUUGGCCGCUCGGGAGGAGCCGUUGCUGUGGUAGAAGGUAGAGCUCGACUGAUUCGUCAGAUGAGUGAACCACACGACUGCCGAAUAAUUCCAAAGGAUGAAGAACUGACUGGAUUAUCAGUUGGAAGUUUAGAGGAUUACAUUGGAGAUUAUGUUGAUGACUUUUCCAUCAGCUCUCUGAGUGAACUUGAGGACAGCACACCGUCUCUCCAGGACAUCUGCCUGAUCUCACGAACAAGAUCCAUUUCCUUCCUCACUCCCGCCGCCCGUAAAGACGCCGACUCUCCCACAACGAACAAUUCCGUAUACGAAGAGAUUCUGCGCAGAAACAUUGUGUUGUGGAAAAACAGACUGCCCACAGAAUUGGAAGCAAAGAAUGACUCAGUGUUUUACGAAGAGGAGGAGGAUUUGUGCUCUUACAGCAACGUUAGUAUUGUAUAAAUGCGAGGCUGUGAAUAGCAUCCUUUGCUUAACCAACAAAAUGGUUUGGCCGAAUCGAGAACAGCCUUUCAGCUGAUGGGGACAUUUCUUCCCUACGCAAGA